GUGUGGGCGUGAGACCAGAAGUUGAUAGAAGUUAAAUUCUGGAGCUGCGUCACUGUGGAUGGCUUUUGGCUGAGAGACGUUUGGAGCAAGACUUUCUGCAGGCAGAAAAACGAUUGCAAUGUGGUAUAGGCGCGGUUUAUUUUUGGCAUGCAUGGCAUUCGUUGAAAAAGAAAAAAGAUCCCUCAGUGCUAAAGUUGACAGAAAAUUCGUGUUUGCAUGUGGCGUUGUUUAAAGAAAGCAAAAUCAAGAAAGUUUGGCGCCCUUCUGCUGAUGACAGGCUUUAGUGAGACUCCUCCACUCAAGAAGAAGAAGCGAAAAAGAUGAAGAAGCGCAAACGGUGGCCAGAGUACGCACACCCAAAGGAGCAGCACAAUAUCCAUUGAAGGGUCAAACUAUCCCAAAAAGAUUCGUUCCCCAUCUUGUUCCAUCGCUCUUUCUGCUCCUUUUAUCUGCACCUUCAUCUGAUGAGUCAGCCCAUCUCAUGUCAAACGAAACCAUUUUGCCAACAAAAGAAAAACUGGGACGGCAGCCAACGAGUCCAGGUGUUGGCGUCAUUCCCGUUAGGUGAGCGUGAUAAACAUCUUGGGUGUAAAGGUUAGAAAAAAUGUGAUAAGCUCCCGAAGGAAGACUUGUCCUUCGUACCAUUCGCUGGCGUUCACCCUUUGACCCGCCGCCGCUUAACUCCAUAUUGCUGAGUCAGCCUCAUGACUUCAUCGACAUCAUGAGAUGGUGCGAGGGCGUUGCAGCAGCAGCAGGCCCAAGAAGCACUCUGCAGCUGCAGCUUCAUUUGUGGCACCACCUCGCACUACCAUCACUCCCACGGAGAGUUCUUUUUUCCCACCAUCUGCAGCUGGGUUGAGCAAGCGGAAGGUUGACAGGUGAACGCGAGCCCGGAGAGAGAGACUCCGCCCCAACAACAUCAUCAGCAAGGACUGGAUGUGACUGGAACCCCGGGCGUGGGCGGAUGGACACGUGACUCAGCCGGCAGCAGGAAGACGGCGACCGGAGUCAACAAGCCCACGCUUUGGCCCUCAUCCACAUCGCCAUUCAUUGCUCACACAGCAGAAGGGAAAUCCUCUCCACAAACCACCACCAGGACUUGAGAGAGGUGGGCCAAGAGCCAUGCGGAUGGUGACAUUGACAAAUAUCCAACAUGGGGGGGAAAAAACUAAAUAAAAUAAAAAAAACGUAAUUUUAUAAGGUGGCGUGUUAUAUUUUAUUUUCAAAAAAUGGACCUAUUUUUUUUCAUUGGCGGUGAUGUCAUUGCAAAUAGCACAACAACUGACUGCCACAUUUAUUGUGUUACAAUUUUCUUUUACCUCAAUCUUCGAGUUCUGCCUUACUUAAAUACAUGCUCUAAGAUGAACCGCUAGCAGUCUGACUGAAACGUAUUAUUUACUGGCGUAGGAAAUUGGAGUUUAUUUGCCUUGGCAGGAGGACGUCCUGUCUUGGCCUCACGCCUUUCGGAUGAAACCUGGCCCUGAUGGAUCGUAAAACACCAACAAAGAGUGGCACGAGAUCCAGCCAGAGAGGGGGGGGCGGGAGGAAAAGUCAAGCAAAGCCCACACAGCACGCUCAUGCCAGGACAGGAAACAGGGCAGACUAAGAGGCUUUUCCAGCUUUUCCUGUACACCAUCCCUUUGACCCGACUGCAAAUAUGUGGCACCCACGAGACUAGUCCAUCGUUUCAUGAUGACGAGAUAAGAGGUGCUCAUGUGCGUGCAUGUGCCACACAGACUGUUUGCACCUGUGUAGCAAAAGCGUGCAGAUGUGGUGUGGAGCCAAACACACUGCACGUGAGGCGUUAGCACAAGGAACAACUGGACUUCUCUGCAAGGAUUAAAACAUGGACGAUAAUUCCCGAGACGCUCAGGAUCACACAGAAGAUAUGUCACCACACAAAAAAGAUGAAGAAGAUACAAAUUUGCAGGACGCUAACAUGGAGGUAGCUCAGCUGCAGGGCCUGGUGGCAGAGCUGCGCGAAGGGCUUCGCAUUUCCGUGGCGGAGCUGUGCGAGCUGCGCCAGAAGGACCGGCGAUUAGAGGGAAACCUGCAGGCUCACCGGACCGACGUGGAUGAUAAGAUUAUGGGCCUCAAGAACUCACUCAACACUUUCAAGGAGGAGCUGAGCACUGCGUUCUUCCACAUCCAGCACGUAUCCAACAGACAACAGGAGAUGAUCAAGCAGCUAGAACAGCUCCAGCCAGACGCCCCCAUCAACGUCCCACAAAGCAGAAAGAGUUCCAAGUCGGAUGUGUUGAGCGCAUCCGAGGACGAGCGCAUCUGUGCACCCGGCCGAUCGGAGCUCAGCAUCUUCCAGGGGUACUUUGGCGACUCGCCGCAGUCGCAGAGGAGCGUCACGUCUUUACAGACAUCUGUUUCGGAGCAGCAGAGAUGUGGUUUGUCCAGAAAUCCGGCGUGGGGGGAUGGCAGGAAUGGUAAAGAGGACACAGAAACGCUCAACAGCCUGACUGAAAACAGUAUGAGACAGAAAGCCGCCUUGGAGCUUCUGGAGUCGGAGAGGAUCUACGUGUCCCACUUGUCCCUGCUGCUGAAGGCCAACAUCUCUUUCAACGGCUCGGAAGCGCUCGCAGCGAAGGACAAACGGCCGUUUCCCAGCUCUUUGAGGUUCCUGAUCCAGCAGCACUUGGACCUGCUGCACACCCUGCAGGAGCGCGUCCUCAGGUGCCAGUGGCAAGGCAUCAUGGGAGACAUCUUCAUGAGGCUCACCAGUAAAGAGAGUGAUUUCCUCGAUUUGUACGUUUCCUAUCUGAAGGAGCUGCCCGAUUGUCUGGCCGUGGUCACCGUGCUGGCUUCCAAUGCUGUCAAAUCGUCCGCCUUCCUGGAGAAUGACGUCAUGGGAGACGAGUCCAGACCCUCACUGCACACGUUGCUCCUCCAACCGGUGCAGAGAAUUCCGGAAUACUUGCUUUUGCUGCAGGCUUUGCUGAGGCAGACGGAGGCCUCGCACCCAGACUACUAUUUGCUACUAGUGUGUAUUCAGCAGUUCCGCAACUUCAACAGCCAGCAUCAGCACCUCCUCCAGCGUAACCAGGAACUCCUGAUGCACAGCCGCCUGGAGGUCAAGAGUAGCAGGUCGUCCAUGAAGCAGCUUCUAAGGAACAUGGAAGGCGGCCUUCAAGGAUCUCCUUACCCUCAUAGCAAGGAGCACGCUAAUCAGGCCAAACACAGCAAGCAACGUCUUCUGGAGCAGAUCCAGUCCAGCCAUCGCUUCCACGAGCGGGAUCGUGUGCAGGAGCCUGAAGUUAACUGUUACGAUCCCGAGUGGGGGACUCAGCUGCAGUUCUGCAGCCCUGACGUGGACUCGCGCAAACACAAAGCCACAGGUUUGGGUAGCAUUCCAGAAACAGAAGCAUCCGAGCGCUCCGGCCAGCAUCGCGUACCUGCCAGACCCUCAGAAUUCCGGCAGGUCCAGCCAGGCUCGGCUUUGGCCGAUGCCUUGGAGGAGUUCCUUCUCCCUCCAGACCCUCCUGGGAUGGAGUGUCUCUACGAGGAGGAAAGUAACUCCCUCCACAAUGCGUCCGCGUUCGACCGCAGCUCUACGCCCUCGUCCGACUCGUCCAUCGACAUCGCCUUCGUCAAGUGUCCCAAAAGUCCCAUAACUCCAUCGCGCCACGCACCAACAAACCGGGAUUUCUUUGGCAACGGGUACAACAAACCUAAUCGAGCGUGCGGCUCCCCGGACGAAGCUGUGCUGAUGCACCACGCUUAUCAACGCCCCCUUCAGGCCAGCCAGCGUCAAAAAAGCAAGUCACUGAACGGACUGCAAAUGGACAGCACAGCGAUGGAGAGCGGCCACGCCAAACUGGAACGGCAGGGCAGCAGAGGGUGCGGCACGCCGUCUCGUAAGAUCCACAGCUCGCCGGUGAGCAAGAAGGACUGCGAGAAGCCCAGUGACGACCUUCAUGGGGUCCCCGCCAUGCCGCCGUGGGCCGAUGAGGAAGAUCACCAUCACACGCCCCUCAGCGAGCGAAGCCGCAAGCAAGACAAGGGAGGCUUCAGGAGCUCCUUCAAGAAACUCUUCAAGAAGAAGGGCGGUGAUGACGAUAAGAAGAAAACGGCAGAGAAAGGUCAAGAAAAUCAACAAGUGGAUGUUAGAGGCACUGCAGUGUGAACCUGUGUUGAAGUAAAGCAGAAUAUUAUACACAAUAUACACCGAGCCCUGCCGCAUAUCGCAAACAUCACAUCAAUUUUGAUAAAUACAUCAAGAUGGCCGCAAAGCACAACCGUUUUCA